AUGAGAAGAGGAAUUAACACACUUUCCAAACUUUCUUCGAAGAGUUUGACAAGACAACAAUCUUUGAUUGCUAGAUUUUUGGUGGAGCAAUGUAGAAUGUUUUCUUCAUCGGGAGUGAAACUCUCAGAAGGUAUUACAACAACACCAUACCUUCCGAGAGCAUCAAUUGAAGAGCAAUUUUUCAAAGUUUUUGCUAAAAAGAAGGAUUUGCCUGAAAGUACUGAUGAUGGAAAGGUUGUUGCACCAGCUGAGAAAUUAUCUGGAGUUUUGAUUUUAGGACCAAAAGGAUCUGGAAAGACAACGUUUUUAAGCAAAACGAUUAGAAAAGUUAGAGAACAAGAUAGUAAUAUUUUGGAAAACGAUGGUGUACACACCAUAGUAAUUGAUUUGGGAAGUAUCAAAUCAUGGAUUCAAACAUAUUCUACAACAAACAAAUUCCAAAAAGCAUCAAGCAUUUAUUUAAUUAACACUCUUACAAAUCAAUUGGAAAAAGAAUACGAAAGAUUUAAGAAGAAACAUGAAAUUAUGUUAAAGAAUGAAAAAGUUGAACCAAGUACUACUGUCACAUCAUCAAAUCAAGAGCAAAAACCAAUAGAAAAUGAACUCACCACCACAGAAGAGGAAGAGCAUCACGAGACUGGACUGAAGGCUGUUGUUCAAGUUCUUGAAGCUUGGGUUGAAUAUUUACAAGAAGUGAGAAAUGUUCAAGAAGAACUCUCAGAAAAGGAUAUUUCCGUAGCUCUUGCCAAGUUCAUGAAUUUAUUAGCUCAAAAUUCCUUCUCAAAGACUGUUAUUUUCUGUGAUGAUUACCAAGAAAUGUUUGAACAUCCACAAACAAAUAAGGCCUAUUUUACCAUGUUCCCAUUCAUUGAAAUUUUGAAACUCCCAGAUAAUAUUGAAUUCGUUUACGCUUGCGAAGAAAAAACAAAUCUUUUCAAAUAUACAAAUACAUAUCGUGGAAAAUCGGAAAAGCAUAAUUUGAUUAACUUCGGAAGACUUAGUAAUGAGGAUGUAGACUUAUUCUUGGAAAAUUAUAAGAAAACCAAUGAGAAUCCUUUAUUGGAACAUCCAGAAGAAAUCAAAAGACUUACCAACAACUUUAUCGGAGACAUUGUGCACCUUCUUAAUAAUUAUAGAUCAUUUGAGGAUUACAUUAGAGACUCUAAACAAAAUUAUCAACACAAGUUAGUUAAGUCAAUUUUCGAAGAAAAGCUUGGUAACGUGAGAAAAGUUAUAGCUUUCCAAAAGCAAAAGGAUCAAUUAGAAUCAGGAGAAUUUGCCAAUAUCACCAUCGAAGACAAACCAUUUACUAUUGGUGAUAUUACAUUUAAUAACCAAGAAGAAGUUACCAUGUGUAUGGAUAGCAGUAGACUUAAUUUUUACAAUAAUGCAUUCGAUUGGUACCUUUCUAGAAAUGAUUACUCUGAGAAAUACAACUCUUCUCUCAUGGAAUCAACCUUACUGGAUACAAAUAUUUGGUAUAGAAUUUCUUCGAAAAAUGGAACCAAGUACAAGUUCAGAAAUUCGAUGGCCGAAUCUGUUUUCAAGCAAAAUUUGGCAAAUCACUUGUAUGCCACAAAGUUCAACCUUCACUCUACUAGAUCAGAAAGGAUAAUGUCUUUGUGGUUGGCCAAGACACCUUUCCCAAAGAAGAGAAAUGCAUUGAUUUUGGAACUUCUUGCUCGUCUUUUGGAGGAUCAAUCCCAAAUUAUUGGAAAAGUAGAAUAUAGAGCUGGUAAGAAGCUAGAAAUUUUGAAAGAAAAAUUGAAGCAAAGAAUCAAGCCAAAGACUGAAAUUGAUGCAUUGCUUGAACAAGAGCCAAAGUUAGACAUGAAGGGUUUGUCUGUUUGUUUGAAUCAACCUAGUCCUCUCAUUUCAUUCUUCGGUAGAGAUCUUUCUGACUUCUCCAAGGGGUCUCUGAUAUCUAUUAAGCCUGGAUCACCUCCAUUCAAUGUAAAUAUUCAUGAGGUUUCUUCAGACAGUCAAGUUGCCGAAGCUCUCAAAUCCAUUUGUGAAAAAGACUUAUUGGAUGACAUUCAUAUUGUUUAUCCAAAGUAUAGUUUGUAUAAUGACAUUGAUGUUGUCAUUGCAACAAAGGGUGAAUCUGGUCUCGAUGUAUUUACAAUAAGAAUUGUUGAAGGAAAUGGAUUUGGUAAGAAACCAGUUGACUUCCAAGAUACUUCCAAUGUUAAGAAUUAUAUUUCUGUUGUCAAUAGUUUGAAAUCAAAUAAUUUUGAAUCUGUGAAUCAUCAUUUUGCUCUCUUUGCUUUGGAAAAGACUCACACCAACGUAAAGAAUUACAAACUGUACAUUCCAGAAGAUUUGGCAUCAUUAUUGCCUAAAGUAACAAUCUCAUAUGUGGAAGAUUACUUUACAGAAGAUACUGAAAGAAUUUCGCAAUACUCCGAAUAUCUUCAACAAUUAGAGGAAGAACUCAAACAAGAGGAGAAUGAUGAAUUGAACUUUGGUGAUACUAAUACUGUUGAAGCAAUGAUGUCCCAAAUGGGUCACAAGAAUUUGCCAUGGUACGAUAAGGUUGACAUGUAA